UGUAAACAUUGUAAUUGGUGAAGACGUAAAGUGCGCAAAAAGAAAUAUCCUUAUUCACACUGUCUUCUCCCGCUAGAUGGAUUGUCUUAUCGUCCAAUCAUUUGCACUUAUAAGCUUAGGUAUACUUAAGGUUACAGGUAUGUAAGUACCCAACUGAGACAAAACAUGCAAUACCUGUACUAGGUGCCUACAUGUGCGUAUCUCUUCUAUUCACACGUUGCAACUUACACGAUUUAUACAUGCAAUAAUGGAACUCUUCGCUACCGGUUUCAAUGCCUGGCGUCAACUACAGUUCGACAAUAAGCGAGAUAAUGAUAAUUCCGACGAACCUCGCGAUCUCAGUUCAUUCCAAUCCAUCCUAAAAGACGAUUUCAUCGGAUGUCCAUGCUCUCUGCUAUCGUGCACCUUCGUCAAAACGGCAUCCGCCGGUAUACGGAAUGCAGGCUUCAUGGAGGAUAUUUCGGAAAGGCUUAAAGAGAAGCUUCUCUCAUCCACGGCUGCCGUAGCUUGGAAUGGCACCGUAGCAGAAUAUGACGGCCAUGGCACCAUCCGUCAAUAUUCAUCUACUGGUACACGUGAACAACAGUCGUUUUCUGGGUUGGGAAAUAUUGCACAACUAGCAGCAUACGAAACGGGCUUCGUGGCUUUAUCGCACGGCGGCCAUGUCUGGACAUGGGGCGACGAGCGGUAUAGCGCUUGUCUUGGAAGACCAGUAACGCCCUCAAGCCCAGCCGAAAGGCCUGGCCUUGUAGAAGAGCUUGAGGACUUGCCAACAGGCAAGAUAAAAAAGAUAAGCGCAGCUGGAUAUUUGGUUCUUGCGCUGACGGAAGGGCACGAUCUCUACGCAUGGGGUGGCCGCCCAGGGCAGGAAUCGGUCCUUGAAGAUAUAUCAAGUAGCCCGACACCUGUGCUAGUAGAAGAAAGCGAUAUAUUCGAUUGCGGGGUUGGGGAAUCACAUGUAAUUGUACUUAGCUCGGAAGGCCAUGUAUAUGUCAUUGGUGAUAACGGCAACGGUCAGCUAGGUUUACCAGAUAGCAAAGUAUAUUCGUGGACGAGGGUCCCGUUGCGUUUAGAAGCGGGACAAGUAGUCUGCGGUGUAGAAGCAGGGCGAAGCACCUCAUUCAUAUUGGCUAAGUAUUGAAUCCCUUGACUCUGCCAUAAUUGGACUCUCUAUGCUGCUCUAUGAUACACGCAAACUCCUGCCAAUUCCAGAAAUGAUGGUGCUCACAGAUUUGUUAGGUAGUCCUCAAUUUCUUGCGGGGUGA